AUGGCUGCGUCUUCGUCGAUGUCGUCAGCCAUUCGACAGCAGCUCUUGCCCGUCUCUGCAUCGCCAUUCUCCUCUUCUAUGGGAUCAAUUAGGGCGUUCUCUAUGAUCUGUUCGCCGACCAGACAUGCACAAUCUCAAAACGUACUUCAAUUGGCUUGUCGAGUAUCUUCUGCCAGAUCGUUUCCCUGUUACCAGCAAUCCCGUACUUUCCUAGCGAAACUCUCCCGCAAGUCCCAGGCGACAGCUCAGACGACAGCUCAGACGACAAACAAGUCCUCAAACGGCCAAGCGAACGCUCAAUCAAACCAGACACAGGCUCCUCCUCUGCAAUUGACCAAUCUCCCUUAUUUUGUCCGCCGCACGCCUUCAAACCAGCUCCCUGUGUACUUGGUCACCAAGGCUGGUGGCACCAAGCAGCUGACCAAGAUUCAGAAGACGGAAGGAGACGUGGAAGCUUUAAGGACUGACCUGGCAAGGGCAUUGGGCCUUGAAUCUGGCGAACCUGGCGCUAAGAAGAGCCCUGAUGUAACAGUCAAUCGACUAAAUGGGCACAUCAUUGUCAAGGUACGGCUUUGUCCUCGAUAG